CUUUAGAUUGUGCGACUCGCAGUGAUCGGUAACAUUUCAACUGAAGUGUUAGACUCGUGUUACUAUUUUAUAUAGAUAUCAUGUGGUUAAAAACCCCAUGUGUUGUGUUGUUUCUAAUAUACUGCAACCAUGCAGUACAUGGUGCAUCGAUACUCGCCUUAUUCUCAUCUUUGUCAUUUUCUGAUCAUCUUGUAUAUCGAGGAUAUAUUUCUCUACUGACACAAAAAGGCCAUUCUGUUGCUGUAAUGACACCAUAUCCGGGUAACUUCCAAUAUCCAGAUACAGAGAGAAUAAUCGAAUUGGACGUUGGGCAGGAGUCAGCUCCAUUUUGGGAUGAGUACAGGAGGUUAAUGAGUAACGUGGACGAUUACUUCCCAAGGCUGAGAGCACUCAAUGAACUCUCCCUCAAAAUAGCUAUAGCUCAAUUGAAGUCCAAGCAAAUGACGGCAUUGUUUAUAAAUCCAAAUAUAAAAUUUGACUUAGUUAUCACGGAGGCCGAUGUACCACUUUUGUAUGCAGUGGCUGAAAAAUACAAAGUCCCCCAUAUUUCUAUUACGGCUACGAACGGGAAAAUACACCAAUAUGAAGCAAAAGGUAAUCCAAUACAUCCUAUACUGUAUCCAGAUGUCAACACAUUGAAUUACAAAAAUUUGACUCGUUGGCAAAAAAUAGUAGAAUUUUAUCGACACAUCCAAACCAAGAAUGAAUAUUACAACAACUAUCUACCUUUAAGUGAAAUAGCUGCUAAGAAGAUCCUUGGCCUUAAGCGCGACUUGCAAGAAGUGGAAUAUGAUAUUGAUAUGCUUUUUAUAGCUAGCAAUCCAAUAUUAGUGGGUAAUAGACCAACUGUGCCUGCAAUUAUUUUUGUGGAUCGUAUGCAUAUAAAACCAGGUGUUAGUUUACCUCAGAAUAUAAAAUCAUUUUUGGACUCGUCUACAAAGGGUGUAGUGUAUUUCAGUUUAGGAGUAGUUCAAGAAGCGGAACAGCUGGCGACUCCGAUUCUUCAUACUCUUGCUGAAGCUUUCCGUGAACUUCCUUUCACAGUUUUAUGGAAGAUUGGCAAUACAACAAUGAUAAACAAGGCUGAUAAUAUUAUCGCCCAGGCGUGGUUCCCUCAACAGGAGAUUUUGGCACAUCCCAAUGUCAAAGUGUUCAUAACCCAAGGAGGAACUCGAUCCUUAGAGGAGGCAAUUUAUUAUGGAGUACCAAUAAUUGGUUUACCAGUAGUCCGAUCAAGAAAACUGUUUAUUAAGGAAGUCACUAAAUUUGGGGCUGGAGAAGUUUUGGAUCCAUACUAUUUGGAUAAGGAGACAUUUAAAUCAACAAUUUCAGCAGUAGCUACUAAUGAAAAGUACAAGAAAGCAAUAGUGAAACUUAAAGACAUGAUCUUCGACCCUGUUAUAUCUGGCCCAGAAAGUGCGGUGUGGUGGACUGAGUACGUUCUCCGUCAUAAGGGUGCUCGUCAUUUCCGAUCUCCAGCAGUUGGCAUCACCUUCUUCAAAUAUUACAUGUUGGAUCUUCUUAGUUAUCUUCUGGCUGGAUGUCUGUUUGUUCUUUAUCUCUCUUUCCUUAUUCUACGUUACAUUUACAGGCGGUUACGUUUGCGUUUUGCCACCAAACCCAAUUUAGGUACUAAAUAUAAAGCUCUGUAAACUAUUUAGCUACUUACGUAAUGGCAUACCUACAUAUCAUUAUAAGUAUGUAUGUGAUGCAGUGUUAGUGAUUUAUUUUUUUCAGUAAGAGAAAUUUUGAGAAAUAUACGAUUUUGAUAUUA